CCAUUUCAAAACAAAUAUAUACCAAGCCUUCUAAUUGCUGGUACACCACGUUUAUCAGUACUAUUAUUUAAUUUUUUGCACUUUUUUCUCAGUCUCUGCAAUUUUCGAUUGCACAUUCAUCUGCAGUAGUGUGUGGGAUUCCUAAAUUUCGGAUAUGGUCAAGUUUAAUUUAAUGGUAAAAGCUGAUUUGGAACAAAUUUCGGAGGUUUACCCAAAUGACAAUUUUGAUUGGGUGGUGAAAGUAAAAUGCACAGGUUGUAACACUGAUUCUGAGAAGUGGCACGAUAUUAAUGAAAAAAACGAAAUUACCUCCGACUCUAAAAACAAAGGAACUUUCCAUUUUUCUUUCAAGUGUAAAUUUUGUUCUAGAGUAGGUUAUCUAGCUAUUUCUCAUGAAGGUGCCAAGAAAUUAACUGCUGAGGAAAAGAAUUUUGUUCCCCUGAUCGCUUUUGAUUGUCGUGGACUGGAACCGAUUGAUUUUCAGCCUGCGGUUGGAUGGGUUGCCGUUUCUGAUGAAGGAACCAAGUUUCAAGACGUAUCACUCGCUGAUGGUGAAUGGUGUGAUUAUGAUGAGGCUCUAGGUUCACCAGUCGGAAUCUACAAUAUCGAGCAUAAAUUUACCCGUGUUUAAACAUAUAAAUCCAUGAUCAUAAUAGUAUCAGUGGCUCUUUAAUAAGCAGGAACUUGUGUAUAGUUUAAUUUAUCGAAGAGUAACUCUCAAAGACUUUUUAAA